AUGCCUGACUUUAGAUCCCACAGGGUUCCUCCGCUCCAACCACCUACGGGCAUGUCUCCUUCCCUCCAAUCUGGGAACUCGGCGGUCUCCGGAAACUCGGCGUUUGGAAGAACAGAUAACUACCCAGGGACCUACACCCUCCACCGGGGAGGUACAUUCCCAUCGCUAUCGAGUCUCAGCGAUAUGUCGCGGAUCUCCCAGUUCACCACUACCCCACGCGGGCUCGAGGGACACCUGGACCGUGCUCCCAGUAUGAUCUUCGGUCAGACGGGCCCGAUGCUGAUGGACCCCAUCCAGCGUAUCUCGCAGCCGAUCACGGACGCUCCGCCUUUCAGCGAAACCACGGUUAUCCACUCGAUCAUGGCGGGUGGCCAGACCAUCAAACCGGAGAUCACAGCCAAGAUCCACAAAGGAUUCUUUCAGGUCGAAGAAAAGUGGACUUGCUACCGACGCAAUUACUUUUCAGUUUCUUGUUCGUUCACGCUACAGCCGUGGACACAUGCACCUCUCUUCGUCAAACUACCGGACCAUCAAGGAACCGAACGCAUUCUGUCGUUCUCCAUGUGCAUCUCGGCCAUUGUGAACGGACAGCACGGGGAGAUCCGGGAACUCGUCCAGCACACCCCGAAGCGCGAUAAGCAAUCCGAGCGCAAGCCAGCCAAGGUGGUCCUGCAGCCAUUCCAGCCGCCUCCGUUGGUUCUCGGCCACAGCUCCGCACCCAAUAGCGCCCAACAUGGAUACGGGCUAGGCUCCCAGGCCCCCGGGAUGCCAAUGGACUAUAGCACCUCCUACGUCAGCGCACCGCAGCCCUCCCAGCCACCGACCCAGCAUACAUUCGAGCGCAUCCAGUUCCAAAAGGCGACGGCAAACAACGGCAAACGUCGCGCACAGCAGCAGUAUUACAAUCUGGUCGUCGAGCUUUACGCACAGAUUCCCAGUCCGAUGGGCGGGAGCGCGGACGCGCAGUGGGUCAAGAUAGCCAGGAAACUCUCGCACCCAAUGGUGGUCCGCGGACGAUCCCCAGGCCAUUACAAAGACGGCCGGCGAGACAGCUCGACCAGCAUGGGCCCAGACGGCGGGAGUGGUGGCUCUGGCGAUGGCAGCGGGGGCGCUGUCCUACCCCCAGGCAUCGGACAGGCGGCACGGUCUCACUUGACCCUGAUGUCGUACGACUCAUCGCAGCGCGGUGGGCCCCAGUAUGGCCGCGCUGACUACCACCACCAGAUGAGGGCGCCAGACCAAUCGUCCCUGAGCGGCAGCAGUCCCCAUAUCUCGUCCUCGUCAUCAUCUACUUUCGACAUCGGGGGCAUUCACGACACCAUGGACCCGAUUGAGUCCAUCAAAAGUACCCCUAGCAUGGAUGAUUCAUUCCACGACCCGGCUUUUGCCAUGAUGGACGGCAGGAAGCCCGACGUCCACUUCCGCAGUCACCUCCCGCCCCUUGCUUUCGAAUAUGAUACCGUAUCCAAGCAUAGUGAAGAGUCCAGCAACGGCUUUUCCGAGAAUUUCGACAUCAUGGUUACGAUGCCGCCCGAACAAAGUGAUUCUCCGGCCUUUUUGAAACAGCCUCCAAAACUGGCUUCUCAUGGACUCCACCAUUAUUCCGGUGCCGGAGGUUACGAUCCAGUUUACUCGACCCGACCUACUGAAGGCAGUACACAGUGCCGGCUUCAAAACUCUCAGAGUCUGUGCGCAUAG